GAUGGCGGCAUUGGAGAGCAACUGCUGCGUAGAGCCGUGCAGUGAAACAACACUUCGUUUCUCAGUGGUAACUACUCCGUAUGGUCAAUUCAACUGUAAGCUUUCAAAUUUAUCCAACAUCAUGAAACAAAAAUAUCCAAUUCGUUGCAGAGCCCUCAUUGGCUUUUACGAUGGGGCUUUGUGCACCGCCGCCUUACUAGCUGCUAUAGGCAAUAAGCUUUGGGCUUUCUGUUUGCCGCCUUGACACGUUUAGGAAGCUGUGUUUGUCCCCAGAUUAACAAAGAUUCAUUGGCCGACGUGACCUAAAAACGUCAGUCACAGCCACGGGCAUGCCUUUUCCCAACUCACCGUCUCUUAUACUUCAGAGACUACCUUCACCAAGAACAGCGGCCUUGAAGUUAACUACCCUGACGCGACGACCCAUUCCUCGCCUUACGAAGUCUUUCAACCACCAGAGCCUUCACAAAUUUUCGACCUCUGCCAUCGUCAUGAAUCCAAACGAGCUGGUCCACUACCUCGCCGACAAGCCCCCCUCGGUGGUUAGGCUCGAGAUUGAGAAGCACUUCGAUGCACUGAAUGACAAGCAGAAGCGUUACGCUCACUUUGUCAGCAAGUAAGUUUUAUUACCGAUUGUGUAUAAGUUGUGAAGCUCGAUCAAAUUGGAAUGAGGGGCAACAAUGCUUAUGAGAGAGGGGUCGUGUGGCUUAUGUUGACAUACAAUUAUAGAGCUGCUUUUGCUGGUACCAGAAUUGUCCUUCGACAGAUCUCCCCCGAGUCUGAGCCAAUAUUUGACUUGAUCUUGACUCUCCACAAGUCUACCAACGGCGAUUGGACUGCCCUAGCAAAGAAGGCUGGCGUCCAAGAGGAUGAGCUUACCCGGUUCCUCGAGUACGCUGCUAUGUUUCUUGGCAACAAUGGCAACUAUAAGAGCUUCGGUGACUCCAAGUUCAUUCCCCGGUGCUCGGAGAAGACUGUGGCUGCUCUCGCUUCCACCUCACCCGAGGCCAACAAGUUUUACGAGGCGACAAAGGGAGGCAUCUUCAGCUCUAGUAACCCCGCCAUGAUGCACCUUGGCUAUCCCGACGACGGGCACAUGACUACUUACUACCCUGAAUCUUCGCACAUUAUAAAGGACGAAAUCAAGGCUGUUUCUGACUGGAUGGAAUCCAAGGGUCUUUUGCCCGAGAACAACCGACUUCGCAAGACCUCAGAGGGCAACUACGAGAUACUGAUCGCGUCGGCUGUCAAGGAAAUCCCCAGUGAAGGAGGUGAUAUUGGCAAGCAGACCGAGUUUGCCGUGGAUGACGGACCUCUCAAGAGCAAGACAAUCAAGCUGGUCUACGGUGACUAUGCUGAGGAGAUGAAGAACAUCACAGCUUUCAUCAACGGUGCUGCCGAGAAUGCCGAGAACGAUACCCAGAAGAAGAUGCACGAGGCUUACAGCAAGUCCUUUGAGUCCGGCUCACUGGAGGCCUUCAAGGAUAGUCAAAGAUACUGGAUCAAGGACAAGGGUCCUAUGGUUGAGUCUAACAUUGGCUUCAUCGAGACCUAUCGAGACCCUGCUGGUAUUCGCGGAGAGUGGGAAGGCUUUGCCUCUAUGGUCAACCUUGAGCGAACUCGCGCAUUUGGAGAGCUCGUGAAGAACGCCCCCAAGCUCAUUCCGCUGUUGCCCUGGGGCUCGGAGUUCGAGAAGGACAAAUUCCUGUCUCCCGACUUCACAUCCCUCGAGGUUCUCACCUUUGCUGGUUCUGGUAUUCCUGCUGGUAUCAACAUCCCCAACUAUGACGAUAUCCGCCAGACCGAGGGUUUUAAGAAUGUGUCACUGGGGAAUGUUCUCAGUGCCAAGGCCCCUGAUGAGAAGAUUCCUUUCAUUCGAGACGAAGAUCUUGAGGUCUACAAGAAGCAGCGAGACGCUUCCUUUGAAGUCCAAGUUGGCCUCCACGAGCUUACUGGCCAUGGUUGCGGUAAACUUCUCCAAGAGACAUCCCCAGGCACCUACAACUUUGACAAGGAGAACCCUCCCGUCAGUCCUGUGGAUAACAAGCCUAUCACAACCUGGUACAAGCCCGGACAGACUUGGGGUUCUGUCUUUGGUAGCAUUGCGGCCUCGUAUGAGGAGUGCCGUGCUGAGCUUGUUGCCAUGCACCUGAGCUGCGAGUUCCCCGUUCUCAAGAUUUUCGGAUUUGGUGAUGGUUCCGAGGAUAUCAAUGGAGAAGCUGGUGAUGUGCUUUUCGCCUCCUACCUGUCCAUGGCCCGAGCUGGACUUGCUUCCCUUGAGAUGUGGGACCCUAAGAGCCAGAAAUGGGGCCAGGCUCAUAGCCAAGCUCGCUUCUCCAUCCUCAAGUGCUUCCUUGAGGCCGAGGACGAUUUCUGCAAGCUUGAUUACAAACAGGAUGAUCUUUCCGAUUUGACCAUCAAGUUGGACCGCUCCAAGAUCCUUACAGCUGGCCGAGAUGCUGUCGCCAAAUAUCUCCAGAAGCUGCACAUUUACAAAUCGACCGCUGAUGUCAAGACUGGUACUGACUUUUACGUGCACAUGACAACGGUUGACACUGAAUUCUGGGGCAAGAAGGUCCGUGACAUUGUUCUCAAGAACAAGCAGCCUCGCAAGGUCUUCGUCCAGGCCAAUACAUCUUUGGAUGAGGCAUCUGGAAAGGUUUCGAUCAAGCACUACGAAGCUUCAUUGAAUGGCAUGAUUGAGAGCUGGGUGGAGCGCGACUUGUAAAAAAACAAAAAAAACAACAAAAACAAAAAACAAAAAACAAGCAACAUCAUGGCUGCGUUACUGGGAUGGCAAUUUGAGAAUAAGUAAAGAGAUUAGAUAGAACUCAUAUUGAUGUUAUGAAUCCUCAUCUCAGUCAUCCUUUGCCCACCCGGAGAGGAUCGACACACCCGCAGACCGAUGAACGCAC